GAGAGAGAGAGAGAGAAUGGGAAGAGAGUGAGAUGGGUGGUGGAGAAAAGGCAAAGUGGGGGACCUGGGAGGAGCUCCUCUUGGCCUACGCCAUUAACCGCCAUGGCACGUGCCAAUGGGAAAAUGUCGCCAUGGAGUUGCAGAACCGCACGUGCGACUCCAUCUACCUCACACCAGAUGAUUGCAAGUCCAGGUUCGAGGACCUGAGCCGUAGAUUCACGGCCGGGGAAAAGUCGCCGAGAAUCAAAGGCUCACCGGAAAAUUUUUCGGAAAACGGGGAAAACACGCCGGAAAACGAGAAAAACCCUCCCGGGAACGAGAUCCCUUGGCUUGAAGAUUUGCGGAAACUUAGAGUUGCCGAGCUCAGGCGAGAGGUCGAGCGUUACGAUGUCUCCAUCGUGUCUCUGCAACAAAAGGUGAAGAAGCUCAAAGAAGAAAGGGAACGGAGCUCGAAGGAGAGCGAAAAUGGCGAUCCGAUCACAGAUCUGGAGAAAGAGAAGCAAGAAGAAGCGAUUUCACCCGAAAAUAACAACGAAGAAAAGGAGAAUCGAAACGAACGGGAUCAAAAUGACGCGGCCAUGGCUGAUUCCUCUCUGAAAAACCACGCCAAAGCCUCGCAAGAGAGCCCCUUGAACCAGUCAUUCAACGAGUCCAACUCGACCCGAUCGGAGGCUUUUGUCAAAGAGGCCAAAGCGGAACCAGAAUCUGGUACAGGAAAGCCCGAUCCCGCUCCGGCCAAGUCACCGGGAAAAGACGGGGGUUUGCCCGGAAAGGCGACGGACCCUUCUUCUCCCCACGACUCAUACAACGGGAGCUCGGAGACAAUCCCCAGAAAUCAGUCCCAGAAAGUCAUGGGGAAAUUCCCUGGCGAGGUCGAGGCUUACUCGGACGCAGAGUCAAAGGGAAAAGACGCCGGGAAAGAGACGACGGAGAACAGUGAUGUCCUUAGCUCGGUGAGUUUGUCAAGGAAGAGGCUUCGGAAAAAUUUCCCAGCCAGCAGCAGCGGGGACGAGCUGUGCACGGACGAGAUUUUCCCGGCGAAUAAAGUCGCCGGAAAGUUGCUGCCUUUGCUUCGGUGUUUGAAGAAUAUACGAUGUCACAAGUACGGCGCCGUCUUCAAGCACAGGCUCGAGAGCCAGGAGAGCUCGAGCUACAAAAGCUUAAUCAGGCAGCAUCUGGACCUUUCAACUGUGAAAUCAAGGGUCUACGAUGGCUCGUAUUCAAAUAGCCUCGAGUUUUUCAGGGACCUGCUGCUCCUCUUCAACAACGCCCUCGUUUUUUUCCCAAGAAACUCGCCCGAAUAUAUCGCAGCACAGGAGCUCCGCCACCUGGUCUCCCGAGAAAUUGCCAUCACCGCUCAUCCAAGGCAACCAUUAAUCGCAGCCGUCCAGUCAGAGCCUACAUCUGCCGUCCAAUCACGCACCGAGAAGGCCCAGUCCAAUUCGGACCGUCCGAUCGCCCCGAAGACAAACCCUUCCAGGAAACGAAGCUCCAUCUCCAGAGAAGAAGAGAGAGAGACAACGAAAACAGAAGAGGGAGAAAGUAGAAAACCAGAAGAGAGAGAAAGUAACAAACAUGAGAAAAAGACGGCCGCAGCCGCAGAUGCAAAGAAGAAGCAGGCGGCCAUGGCGAGAGAGCGGCCACCUGCAAAGGCCACGAGAACAACCAAAACUCGAAACCCUAACCCUAACCCUAACCAGAGCACACGAAACCCCAGCCCUGACCCUAAUCCAGUGGGGAUUAGGGUUAAUGGUGAGAAAAACGUGGUUUCAAAGAAGAGAACGGCCGCCACCUUUCUAAACAGGAUUAAGAGAGGCGGCCAUGGCGAUGGUGGAUUACUGGAGAGAUUAAAGGGAUCAUCAUCCAAUAAUAACACCAGUAAUGGUGGUAAUAACAAUAACAGUAACAAGGAGCAGAGAAAAGGAGGCCGGAAUACUCCGGUUUCGACAGGGAAAGUCACCGGUAAGGUGUCCGGAAAAGGUACAGAGCCGAAUAUUCCGGCGAAGAGAGGGGUGGGCAGGCCGCCUAAGAAAGGGAACCCCAGGACGAGGGCCCGCGAGGCGGAGGCUGCGGCCGGAAGGGCGCCACGCAAGCGGGCGAGGAGGUGAUCCGUCGGUUGUAAAUUACCUGUAUUUUAACGUUAUGGGGUGUUUUUUUUUUUCGGGACUUUUCUCCCUUUUUUUUUUUUUUGUGAAUCUUAAUUUAAUUUUGUUGUUUUCGUCAAGUGGUGCGCCUGAGGGCGUACCCAUUCUAGUGAGUCCAUGUUGUAAAAUCCAUUUCAAAUAUGGGUUUUGGAUUUAAAUUAGAAAAAAAGUCUGUGAGGUGACCACUUGGUAUUGUAGAAUUUAGGUGAUAGACACCCCCAUUGAAGUUAGAUUUAUUCCUGACUCAUCGACCCUUAUUUAUUCUAG